GCUCUUCCCACGGCAAUUGACUGCUUGAUUCUUUCACAGAUUGUUCUCGGCGUAUUCAUACUUACCAGAGAAACAACAGAGUAUAGGCAUGGAGGAUUUCAAGAAAGUUGUCGCAGUUGUUCUCGUUGUCUUCUCAGUAGCAACAGCUGUUCCCGAGUUUCACAGAUUUGAAACUCAUUAUGGAGAAAACGCCAUUGCAGUUGAGGAAGUUAAAGUUGACAGGGAAGAACAGUAUGCAAUUGUCACUGUGACAGCACUUUCAGGAACAAUCACUCCUACAGUCAAUUUCCACGACUUUGCCGUGCGCUACACUGCGAUUAAAGACGACGAGCAUGAGAGAUGUUACGUACUUAGGACGGCUCAUACAUUAGAAGAAAUGAUGAACAACUUUAAGGAAGCAGUAGAGAAAGACGGAUACUUUCAAAUUAAACAAGAGUUCACGUGCAAAUCCAAACAAAUCAUCCCAAAUGAAGAACUAUCGGAUCACUUCGGAGAUAGAAUUGCCGAUUUUUGUGAAAAUCACGAAGUAGUUUACAGCACACAGAAAUACCAGAAGAAAGCCAAAAGAUCAGUAAAGGUGUUAUCAGGUGGUGCCAGUGAGUAUAAUUAAAAUAUAAAUGAGAUAAAACCUUGACAUAGAUUAUAUGCAAUAGAAUGUUAAUCAAGGCCAAAAUACACCCUUUGUUGUUACGUUAAAAUCAGGUAAACGCAUUAUUUCUUGCUUAUUUUUUAUGGGUUUUAAGUAACACCGACACAGUUCAGGUCAUCUGGAUACACAGUUAAGGACAUCUAGCAACCUUCUUAAAGUCUGUAUGAUGGCAUUCUUGCAUGCCGACCGGAUCUCCUACAUCAUGGACAAAUAGCAAAAGGAAAAAAUGAUGUUCUCGGACCUAUACACCUUACUUGACUAUAUAAUACUUAAUAUUUAAGUUUACUACUGUGAGAUGUUUUGAUAAAAUCUGCAUUGUUUUACAUAUUCUAUGUCAUCAAAAUUGUAAUUUUCUCAUAGACUUCCAUUAAAAAGACUUGCUUGAG